AAAAAUGGAAGCGGCAGUGUUCAUUCUAUCGCUUGUGGACUGUUGUGCACUGAUUUUCCUCUCAGUUUACUUUAUUAUCACCCUGUCUGACCUAGAAUGUGACUACAUCAAUGCAAGGGCCUGCUGCUCCAAGCUGAACAAAUGGGUAAUUCCAGAGAUGGUUGGCCAGUGUCUCUCCACUAUGCUGAUGCUGAUCUCCAUGCACUGGUUCAUCUUUCUCCUCAACCUGCCUGUAGCAAUCUGGGACAUUUAUAGGUAUGUGAAGGUCCCAAUGGGAAAUAUGGGUGUGUUUGACCCAACUGAGAUCCAUAACCGAGGUCAACUGAAGUCCCACAUGAAGGAGGCCAUGAUUAAACUGGGUUACCACCUGCUCUGCUUUUUCAUUUAUUUGUACAGCAUGAUCUUGGCUCUUAUCAAUGAUUGAAAUCCCCAGCAAGCUCUCUGACUCCAGCUGCCAAAUUUGAAACUCCAGGGUUCAUUGUUUUGUGCUCACACCCUGCCCUGCCUCUGUACUGUAUGCAUAAAAUAUUUCAGAACAGUAGAAAAUAGGUUUACUUCUAGUCUGUGGCUACUCUGCAUGCAUAGUGUAUACAUACACACUGCUACACUAUGCUUCCAUCAUAAUCAAUAAAUUAAAAAUGACAAAACCACAUGUCAGCAGCAUUUAAGUAGUGUGCAAUGCAAAUGUCAAAAUAGACCAGUCCUCUAUUAAUGUUUUUACAUGCUACCCUUAUAAACCGUUCACUCAGUAACGGUUCCACUUCCAAGUGCGAUCACCCUGUCAGUGUAUCAACUAAUGUUUACUUAGUAACUUUUCCCUUACAAAGUCCACUGUGUCUGUCAAUGUAUUCUGGCAGCAUGUGAAAUUUCAGAGGGAUGUGUUGAGUCUAAAAACUGAGAAUGUCUCAUUUUGCCACAACCCAAGACCAUAAAUGUACUACAAGGUUAGCCACUAAAAAGAUAGAUUCCACAGCACUGCCAUGCUGUGGUCCCCAUAUGUCUCAUUCAGUGUAGCCACAGUGUUACACUGGGGUUUGUGUUGUCAGAAUUUCAGAGGUUUUCCAGAGAAUUCCAGAGUUUUUUUCUUCCGGAGUGGUCAUAAGGUUGAUAUUUAGCCGUUCCACACUUAAACCUACAAACCAAUAUAUUUAUUGUGAAAGCCAAACUGAUGCCAACAGUUUUUGACUAACAGUGAAUGAAUAUAUCUAGAGCAUUCUGCCCUGACAGGAGGGAACCAUGCUGUGGUUCUCUGUAACAUUGUCUGCAAACCACUGGCAUAAGCUGGUUGUGUGAAUUACUUCCUGAUGUCUUGAAGCACUCUGAUCCGGUCCCUCUCUUUAAGUUCUCUUGUGUAUGAGAACUUAAAGAGAGACUGAUAAUAUGUUGCUGACACCAUGGCUUGCAGCUGUCCCUUAUCAGUGGCCUUCUGCUAGCUUAGCAUGCUGAAAUGGGGAGGUCAGAGCUCUCUGAUGGUCAGUUCUUCAAGUGUUUUCCCCUUCAAGUAAUUUUUAUGAUGUCAUUCACAGUCUUGCCAUAUGACUUGACAUACUGUCUCGUAGAUUCUUAUAAUAAAUCUACUAAAUGAGAUUCACAGUGAUCUAAGAAUGGUUAAAUACUUUGUAGAAGCAUAGAAGAGGAUUCUGGGAUGGCAUGUGAAAAUGAGUUAGCAAGGUUGGUGGGAGUGCAGUUCAACACGUUGCGCCAAAUUACUCACAUAUUUUCUUCCUCUUCAUUCCUAGCUUGUGCAACCGUGAAAUCACUUGCUGUUGUGUUUCUUUAGUUUUGUGCUUUGUUUUUUUACUGCUCAAAUGUUCACACCUCUGUUGUGAACUUGCAUCACAGAUUUGGUCACAGUAUCAAAGGUUUUUCAAAUCAGAUGUUUAAGGUUUUUGAUGGUAUUGAACAUAAUGGAAACUGUGAUUGUGACAACACAUGUGAUCCUCAGAUGGUGGACAGCUAAUUCUGUUCUGAGACUUUUUAUGCAUACAGGACCUGCAACACUUCUAGCAAAACACUUCACUGAUCAUUGAUCAUCGACCACAGCUCAACCUACACUACUACACAGUGGCACAUACACGCUCAUAUUUGCUUCAGUAUGGGAAUGUCUGUGUGUAUAUUCACCAAAAACAGCACAACAUGUGAUCAUGUAAUUGGCCAGUUUCAGUGAUGUGGUGCUGAUCCCACUCCAUGGACAAUGUGAAUGACAAUCACAGAACACCACACACUUGAGUAGUCUCCCACUUUGUCGUAACACAUCACAGAAGUGGAUGCUGUUUGAAAUUGUGUGUCUGUGUGUGUGUGGCUGUGUGUUAAUGUAUUAUUAUAUCACUGUAUGAGUGACAGCUUAGAUUUGACCUCAGUCAUGCACUGAUGUCGUGUUUACUGAAUGAAUUAUUACUGUAUGUUUAAGCCUGACAUUCCCUGUUUGUAAGUUUCCUGAGUAAGUUGGUAUUGCAGCUUUUAACUGGGAAAGGGAUGUGUGCACUCCUCUUCAGUUGGUUAAGUUUAUAGACAGAAAAGUCAUGACUUUACAUUAUAUCCAUACCUGCUUUCUGUUAUAAAAAGCAUGGUUUAUGUAACCAUAGGAUUGUUGGUGAACAAGUUUGUGUCUGAUUGACACUUAACUGUCUUAUGCAGGGUUAAGUUUCUUUUGUAAGAGGGAAGUGUGGUGUUUCAUAAAUAAAAAGGAAAAACAAACGUG